AUGCAGCCGGGCUGCCGGGCCCCUCCCCCUGGCCAGAUGGAUCCCUCUGCCCCGAAGCCCCGCGCGGAAACCGCCCGCAAAGACAGGUGGCAUCCAGGAGAGAGAUGUCUUGUCCCUUCUCCAGAUAAUGAAAAACUUUGUGAAGCAAGCAUAAAAUCUAUCACAGUGGAUGAAAAUGGCAAGUCAUUUGCAAUUGUUUUAUAUUCAGAUUUGCAAGAAAGGAAAAUACCUCUUACAAGACUUCAAGAAGUAAAGUCUGUUAAAGAUUGCCCCAGGAAUUUUAUAUUUGAUGAUGAAGAUUUGGAAAAGCCUUAUUUCCCAGACCGAAAAUUUCCAUCAUCUGCUGUUGCUUUUAAAUUAUCUGAAGAUGGAGACUCUAUUCCUUAUACCAUCAAUAGGUAUUUGAGGGACUACCAAAGGGAAGGAGCCCAGUUUCUUUAUGGACACUACAUCCAAGGAAGAGGGUGUAUUCUUGGUGAUGACAUGGGACUUGGAAAAACAGUACAGAUGUUCUUAAUAGUUGCUCCUCUUUCUGUCCUCUACAACUGGAAGGAUGAAUUGGACACCUGGGGAUAUUUCAGAGUCACUGUUUUACAUGGAAACAAAAAAGACAAUGAACUGAUUCGUGUAAAGCAGAGGAAAUGUGAAAUUGCUCUAACAACUUAUGAAACGCUGCGCUUAUGUCUGGAUGAGCUUAACAGUUUGGAAUGGUCAGCUGUCAUUGUGGAUGAAGCUCACAGAAUCAAGAAUCCAAAGGCUAGAGUAACAGAAGUUAUGAAAGCUUUAAAAUGUAAUGUCCGCGUUGGCCUCACUGGAACCAUUCUUCAGAACAACAUGAAAGAACUGUGGUGUGUUAUGGACUGGGCUGUGCCAGGACUUUUAGGUAGCAGGACUCACUUCAAGAAGCAAUUUUCUGACCCAGUAGAACACGGUCAGAGACACACAGCAACGAAAAGAGAACUAGCCACUGGCCGAAAGGCCAUGCGAAGGCUUGCAAAGAAGAUGUCUGGCUGGUUUCUCAGGCGUACCAAGACUCUUAUCAAGGAUCAGUUGCCUAAGAAGGAAGACCGGAUGGUGUAUUGUUCUCUGACAGAUUUCCAGAAAGCUGUCUAUCAAACAGUGCUAGAAACAGAAGAUGUGACUUUGAUACUUCAAUCUUCUCACCCUUGUACCUGUAACAGUGGCCGAAAAAGGAGAAAUUGUUGUUAUAAGACCAAUUCACGUGGUGAAACAGUGAAAACCUUGUAUCUCAGUUACCUUACGGUCCUUCAGAAGGUAGCUAACCAUGUCGCACUAUUGCAGUCUGCUAGCACCUCCAAACAACAGGAAACACUUAUCAAAAGGAUAUGUGAUCAGGUAUUUUCCAGAUUCCCAGAUUUUGUGCAGAAAAGCAAAGAUGCAGCCUUUGAAACACUUUCUGACCCUAAAUACAGUGGAAAAAUGAAGGUCCUUCAGCAGCUUUUAAAUCAUUGCAGGAAAAACAGAGAUAAAGUUCUUCUCUUCUCUUUUUCCACCAAGCUGCUUGACGUACUACAGCAAUACUGUAUGGCAUCUGGGCUUGAUUACCGACGACUUGAUGGAAGUACAAAAUCAGAGGAAAGAAUCAAGAUCGUGAAAGAGUUCAACAGUACACAAGAUGUUAACAUUUGCCUUGUCUCUACAAUGGCUGGUGGACUAGGCCUCAAUUUUGUUGGUGCCAAUGUUGUUAUAUUAUUUGAUCCUACGUGGAAUCCAGCCAAUGAUCUUCAAGCCAUUGACAGAGCAUAUAGGAUUGGACAAUGCAGAGAUGUCAAAGUGCUGAGGCUCAUAUCCUUGGGAACCGUGGAGGAGAUCAUGUAUUUACGACAGGUAUACAAGCAGCAACUUCACUGUGUGGUGGUUGGAAGUGAAAAUGCCAAACGGUAUUUUGAAGCAGUUCAAGGAUCAAAAGAGCAUCGAGGAGAGCUUUUUGGGAUCCAUAACCUCUUCAAAUUAAGAUCCCAAGGGUCUUGUCUUACAAGGGACAUCCUGGAGAGAGAAGGCCAGGUGGAAGCAGGGAUCAUGACAGCCACAACAUGGUUGAAAGAAGGACCUCCAGCACACAAACCAGAAACGCCUAGAGAGGCUGACUGUCAAGAACCCAGAGGUCCAGAACAACUCGCAGAGCCCCUGGCAAAGGAAGCCUGUGAUUUCUGCAGUGACUUUAGUGACGAUGAAUCAGUGGGAAGCUCAGGAAUAAAGACUGCGAAAAACAAAGCAUCUGAUUCAAGUAAAGCUGCAGGUUUUCCAGGACAGCUUACCUUACUUCAGUGUGGUUUCUCUAAACUGUUUGAGACAAAAUGUAAAGCAGUUGAGGGUCAUGACGGAAAUAUUGCUUCUGAUGAUGAAAGUUCUGAUGAGCAGCCCACGUGCCUUUCAGCAGAAGCCAAAGAUGCUGGUCAUCAGAAAAGUCAGUGCUCUCUUGGUACCUUAAAACAUCAGAAAUUAGAUAACAUCCUAAAUCUAAAUGAAAAACGUAUUUUUUAUAAAAGUGAGAAGAUUUUAGAACAGAGUGUUUCUUCUGAGUCUGAUGAUGAGAAAAAUUUUAAAAAUACUGGUGAACAUUGCAUUUUACAGAAUGCCACAGAAUCCGAAGACAGCGAUGUCAUCUAUCCCACACAAUAUACAACUCAGAGAUUUCCUAAGAGAAGUAUAAGGUUAAAGCCACCCUUGGAUGGAUCUGAAGAUUCUGAAACAGAAAGCCCUGUAAAAACAAGAAAUAAUGAUGAUGGUAGAAAGACCGAUGACAGAGAAAAUGGAAAAAUUUCAAAAAAAAUAAAUCCUGAGAACACAACCUUGAAACCUAUUAUGAAAAGAAAAAGCACUAGUGAUAUUAGUGAUGAAUCUGAUGACAUAGAAAUGUCCUCCAAGUCAAAAGUAAGAGAGCAAAGAACUACUAGUUUGAAGUUUAGGAGAAAAAAGGAAGACAAAAGGGAACUUUACAAUUUUCCUAAAACAACAAAGAAAACAAACCAACUGUAUGCAACAGAUGAGGAUCGUAACUCUCAGUUUAUUGAUGAUUCUUCAUCCUCAGAUGACAGUUUAUCUAUCAGUCACUUCAGUUUCUCUAAACAGAGCCAUAAACCAAAAACUGUAAAAGGCAGAAUCAGUUUCUCUUCAAAAUUGCCUAGUCAUAAUAAGAAAAGUAGCACUUUCAUACCUAGAAAACCAGUGAAAUGUUCAAAUGAGAAAGUUGUUAAUCAAGAGCAGAUGUAUGAAUCAAUGGAUAAACUUUUAGAUGGUGUUCAGGAAGUGGCUUACAUUCACUCAAACCAGAAUGUGAUUGGAUCAAGCAAAGCUGAAAAUCACAUGAGCCGAUGGGCAGCGCGUGAUGUAUUUGAGUUGAAGCAGUUUUCCCAGCUGCCUGCUAACAUAGCUGUUUGCACUUCCAAGACACGUAAAGAAAAAGUGAAUGCGGAUACAUUGAGACAUGCAACAAAAGGCCAACAACCAAGUGAAGGAAGUAUUUCAUCUCCUCUUUACAUCUCAUACCCUAUAAGCCAGAAGAAGAAAAAAAUCUGCCGUACAGACCAGACCACCUUCAUAAUUGGAGAAACACCAAAAGGAAUCCGCAGAAAACAAUUUGAAGAAAUGGCGUCUUACUUUAACUCAUCUUCUAUAAAGGAAUUUGCUAAACGUAUAACUAAUGCCACAGCUGAAGAACGACAGAAAAUGCUAAGAGACUUUUAUGCUUCUCAAUAUCCAGAGGUAAAAGAAUUUUGGGGGGAUUCUGCUUCAGAAUUCAUCAGUUCUGCCUAUGAGGAAGAAAAGCAAAUCAGGAAGAAAUCUGAAAAAAGAGAAUCUCUUCUAAAAGAAAAGCUGUCAGAUUCUGAAACUUUGUCAUUUAAAGAUUCUACCAACAAAAUAUCUCAAAUUUGUAGCCCAAAAAUAUAUAAAGGAAAAGCAAUUAAGUUUCAAAAUCAUGCUUCCUGUAGAGAAGAGUUGUUCUCUAAUGACGCAGAAACUAAGAAAUCACCUAUUAGCUCUACCCGAGAGAUUGACAAUGGGAAAAACAGCCAAGCAUCCAAAGGUAGUGUAGUGUCCUGUUGUCUGAACAGUAAGUCUGCAGCACGUGAGAGAGAGUUAGAAAACACCAUGAGAGAACAACAGGACCUCACAAGAACGGGCAUUUCAAGAAAUGGACCCCUUUUCAAAUUGGAAAACAGUAAGAUAGAAAAUCCAGUGUUAGAAAACACUUCUGUGGUAGGCUUACUCGGUGACACUUCUAUUCUUGAUGACCUCUUUAAAAGUCAGGGGAGCAGUCUCACACAACUGCCAAAGAAAGUUCUUUCAGGGCCCAUGGAAAAAGCAAAACGGAGACCAAAAGAUUUCUGGGACCUCUUGAAUGAGCAGAAUGAGGACAGUCUUAGCAAACUCACUGACUUGUCGGUCAUAGAGACUCUGUGUGAAAAAGCACCCCUUGCCCUGUCCUCCAAAAGGAAAGGUGAGCUAGAAUCUUCUCUUUGGAAAUCAAAUAAGAAAUUUUUGUGGAAGCAAUUUAACUCAAGCGAUUCAGAUGAAAACACAACCAAUACACAGAGUGAUACAUAGCAUAUAAAUGAAUUGCUGCACCAACAAGCGAUCACUGUUUACAGCACUCUGUUCUGUACUAAUUGUAUUAUCUUGAACACAGUUGUCAACACAUAUGUUUAUUAAA